AGAGGAAACACCCGCGUUGUUUGUAAAUAACGGUUAAUCAACGGCAACGACUUUGUACGACACCGAUACAUAUUUAAUAUUGUAUAGUUAUUGUGGAAAGAUAAAUAUACUUUUCCAUUGAUCUGACAUUACUUAUUUAUCUGCGUCAGUUACGACAUUGAUGCUAAUAAGGGUAGGAAGAAGUUAGUUAGCCAACAAGCUAACAUGACAUAUUUCGAUAACUAGUUGACAUACAUACAAUGGAAGAUAACUCGUCUUGUUCCUCGGCUGGCACUGCUCUUUCUGAAGCGUCUUUCCUCCAGAGGACGUUGGAGCGGCUUUCCUCCACACAGUGUCUGAAAGUGAGCACCGAGGCUCCGGUGGCUGUCAUCGCGCUGCAGCGGUACUUAUCCGAUCAGCCGGAGGGGCAGCCCGACAGCUACGACGUGACGGUCACUGACGGAGUGUGGCGGGCCAAAUGCUCUGUUCACCCUGCUUUAAAUCACCUGGUGCACUCUAACACCCUGAGGACUGGGACUGACGUGAGCAUCACACAGUGCUCGUUUGUUUACAGCGAGAGGAGACUGGGACACGGUUACAUUUGUAUUGAAAAGCUCCGAUGUGGAGGAGAGAUGUCUGCCCUCCUUCCCCGCAUACAGGACGUCGCUUCUCUGCCGAUGAUGGUAAAGCAAGGCAUGGAGAGGAGUGUGGAGCUGCAAAGUGAUGUUCCCCUCCAGGUGAGCCGCAAACAUUACUUGUCUCUGUGGAACAACGAGGACCCAGAGGGGGACAUCUGGACCUCAGGGUCUCCCUCAUCGCACACAGUGCUGGAUGUUUCCAAUAUUACUCUUCUUAGUAGUCUGGAGUCAUGCUUUAGAAACACAUGGAAACCUCUGCCUCUCCUAGUGAAGAUCAUACACAAAUCCAGAUUAAGGUACUAUGGCAAGUUUGGGCUCAAGAUUGAUUAUCCCUUCCAGGCAUACUUUGAAGUUGCUGACCAGAGUGGCACGAUGUCCCUCGUGCUUUGGAAUGAACUUUGUCCAGAGUUUUACCAGAAACUGAGCGUAGGCACUGUGUUGUACAUCCAAAAUUACUCCUUAAAGCAGAGUUAUUCAAACCGCUCACGCCCGCAAAUGGACCAUCACCAAAUGAAGACCUUUCACUCUGUAGAAAUCUGCCUGAACGCUCGCAACCCAACUUCAGUCGUCACUGUGGUCUCAGCAAAGAGCGUGCUGCCUCAGUGGGGAUUACCUGAGGUUUCCUACCUGUUCACCACCAGAUUACAGUUGGACGAAUUAUCCAACAAUUCUGCAUGUGAUGUCAUCUGUUUGGUGACAUUUGUUGGUCGUGUUGAAAGAGUCAAGAGCAACGGGAAAAAGGGUCCAGAAAAGUUCUGGACAUAUCGCUGGAUCCAUGCGGUGGACGGAUCAUCCGACCGUCCUUUUAUCCUGGAGGUUUUUUCCUCUUCCCAACCGGAAGUCUUCAGUCGUAUUUGUCCAAUGACCUACCUGGUGUGCACUCAGAUGAGAGUUUGCAGAGUGGAAGGCUCGUUGCCCUACCUCACCAGCAGCUGUGAGACAGAGACGUUCAUCACAGGCUACCACAAAGGUCAGCCAUAUGUGAGUGACCCCAGAGUGAAGACUUUCAUCCAGUGGACCAAAACUCUGAAGGACAACGUUGUCCUUCAGAAGACUUCUGUUGGCGGACAUUACUGCUACCCUCGUCCCCCGCAGACAUUUACCCAGUCCAUGGCAGAUGCCUCAGCUCAAGUUCCUCUGGUUGCUGCGGCCGACUUGAAGAAGGAGAUGGAGACCCUCCAAUAUAGGGAGCAUAAAAAAGUUGCAAUUCAAGGACAGAUCGCGGCAGUGCGAUACACGAAACACCCCAAAUCAACAGAGUCUAGAGGAACAGAGGAGAGAGAACAGGUGCCAGAUGUUGCUCCUGAUGUGUGUGAGCCAAACACACAGGACCAUCCCUCCACAGCUGAGCAGACCACGGCUCCCAUUUCAACUGCUGAGGAAAUCUCAGUAAGAGGAAUAAAAAGAAGAAUUCAAACAAGAAAAGUCAAGCAGUUCUCCUUGAAUCUUCGUAGCAUGGCAGCAAAAAGAAACAGAAGGAGCUCAGAGAUUGAGGAAGAGAAAGAGAGCGACUCUGGAUCUGAAGACACUCCGAAUGUCGCAGACAGCCAGCAAAAUCAAGACUCUGAUGUCAUAUCUUGGGAAAGCAGCAGUUGGCCGAAGCAGAAACAGGAAGUGUCUGAAUAUCUGUGUGAAGGCGGGCUGCACCAGGACAGCGUGUCUCAGAGGUUCACGAUUGACGAAAAGGACGUCCUCCUGCAGCGGAGUAACCUUCAGCCGACGCACUGGACCCCAGAGCAGAGUGCGGACACCCCCCCUCCUGUGGUCUGUCCCGGGUUCUACCAAGUUACAAUACUAGGCAUAAACAAACAGAUGGCCAUCGAUGCUGCAUUUUUGCCCGUUGUGAGCUCAGAUGAUCCCAGGGCUGUCGCUCUCCCUCAGGAUCCCCAUGGCAACACGAUGCUGUCCUGCCUCUCGUCAGGCUUCCUCUGUCCGCUCAGCCACAGCCAAUCAACACUUCCCCAGCCAGAGGAGGUGUUGGGGUCUGCUGGGGAGCUGGAGGACAUGCACCUCGUCUGCAUCCUGGACCUCUGCCAUCUGGGUGGAGACAGAGUGGAGGUCCUGAUCAGCAAGGUGUACAGAGUGACCGAGGUUUCAAAGUGUACAGCUCUGUGAGACUAUCUUGUAAUUAUGUUCAUCAGAAAUCAUGUCAUUAGAAAGUAAUUUUUGAUAGAAAGAUUAAAUGUUUUAUACCAAACCUU